AACACCUGAAAAACGGUUUGCUGUAAAAAUAGCAACUCUCAUUAAAUAUACUCGCAUUGUCGUACGAGUCUAUUAACAGCCCAUGGCAGGAAAGUUGCGAAGAAAGUUUAUCUCUCGCAAUAAAUUGAUAAAACUCGAGCUUAACAAUUAUACUCUUGAUUCUUAACGCAAUAUAUGCAUAAAGAUGGAAGAUAUUCAAAUACUUUCGCCGAUCGCUGUAUAAAUUGAUCCUCGAUGAAAAGUCAUCGUAUGCGACAAGAAUAUUAAUAAUCAGAAGCGUAGUAAUUUUUUUCCGUUUACAACGCGUGACAUUAUCUGGUCAACCCAGUUCGCAAUAAAAUCAAAGAUAAUAAAAUAAAGUUAAGAUGAAGGGGGGGAUACGAGGUCGAUAGGGAUAAGUAUAAAGUGCACUGUUUAUGCUUAGCUGGAGUGUAGAUCGCAAAUCGAUCGCAGAGUCGUGCCUCCUCUCGCGACCAAUAACAGUCGUCCUUUCACGCGUGGAAUUCGAAGUUCGACCAAGGCUGGUCACCUGUUUUCCUCCUUCCUUUCCUCCUGUGUUUCUUUUAGUUGUGAAAGUCAAAACUAGCCACGGAAUCGCGACUGGGCAGAGAAAGAAAGAAGGAAAGAAACCGCAACAUUUGUUUUCUUUCCUCGCUGUGUAGCUUCGAGUGUAGUCUGAACAGAGCGUAACAAGUCACUGCUCUGAUUUUGCAACAGUUGACAACUUUUUCCCGAUAUCGUGGUGAUAAAACUAUAAAAUGUUGACGUGUUAUGUCACUGCAGUUCAAUGCGAGUGGAUGGAAAAUCGUGGACGUCGCGGGCCGAAUCUUGACUCGCGGUUCAAAGCAAUCACGGCAGGAAAUAAUGUGAACGUCGAGGGAGCCACCCACAAGCAAGUGGUGGAUUUGAUCAAGUCAGGGGGUGAUGUCUUAACGCUGACUGUUAUCUCCGUUACGCCGCAGGAAGCGGAAAAGUUAGAACCUUUCGAAGAUUUAAGUUAUGCAUCGGUGGACUACAGCGAGAAGCGAUCUCUACCUAUCAGCGUGCCGGAUUAUCACGUCCGCGAGAGGAAGCAUGAGCGUUAUGUGGUUUUCAACGUUCACAUGGCAGGCAGACAUUUGUGCUCUCGACGCUAUCGAGAAUUCGCUGCACUGCAUAUGGCACUGAAGAAGGAAUUUAUCGGUUUUAACUUCCCUAAGCUACCAGGAAAAUGGCCAUUUCAAUUGAGCGAGCUUCAACUGGACGCGAGAAGGCGCGGGUUAGAACAGUAUUUGGAGAAGGUUUGCGCCGUGCGUGUAAUUGCCGAAAGCGAUAUCAUGCAAGAAUUCUUGGCCGAUAGACUCGAAGAGGAUGGGGAUCAAGGUCCAGCUGUCGAUUUAAAAGUACUAUUGCCGGAUCGCGAGGUUGUUACCAUAACGGUUGCUAAAGCUGCCUCUGUCAGUGACGUAUACGAUGCAGUUUGCAGUAGAGUGGGACUAGACGCGGAAACCGCGAAAUACUUUUAUCUUUUCGAGAUCGUGGAAUAUAAUUUCGAAAGAAAGCUGCAACCCCAUGAACAUCCUCAUACUUUGUACGUUCAAAAUUACUCGACCGCCAGUGUGACGUGUUUAGCAAUAAGAAGGUGGCUUUUCAAUGUAAAUAGACCACUCAACGAGCAAGCAUUAACCUGGACCUUCUGGCAAACUGUGGACGAAGUUAACAGAGGACACAUUACGGCCGGCGAGAGAUUGUAUCAGUUGAAAGCAUUGCAAGACGCGUCGAGGAAACACGAGUACCUAAAACUAGCGAAAGAAUUGAGCGGUUACGGCGAUAUCGUGUUCCCUCAUUGUGCGUGCGACUCACGAAAGGAAGGACACGUUGUUCCCGCUGUUGGAACACCGGCAUUUAAGCUACACGCAGCGAAGGAGGACGGCACUUUGGAAUCUCAAGUCGUUGAAUUUCACUGGAACACCAUUACUCGAUGGGAGGUAGACGAAGAAGGAAUGGCGUUCUGCUUUCAAUACACGCGCCAAGAUAACCGUCCACCGCGUUGGCUAAAGCUUUUCACACCUUAUUACACGUUCCUGUCAGAUUGUUUUGACCGAAUAGCCGAAGAAGCAAAGUGGGACGAUCCAGGAGAAUGAGGUAACGUGCGGCGUUAAAAAACGUGUAUGGUGCAUAAUAGCAAAGGUAUCGUCUCAUCGGACACAAUUCACUUAUCUUUGUAG